UCUGCACCGGAAGUGCAUGGUCUGCCGAUGUGGUAUCCAGUGACUGUGGUGUCAGCCUCCCGCUCUUGUUUCUCUGACUGGGUAUUUGCUUUGCACCAUGGCGCCCAAAGGCAAGGUGGGCACUAGGGGGAAGAAGCAGAUAUAUGAAGAGAAUAGAGAAACCCUAAAGUUCUACCUGCGGAUCAUUCUAGGGGCCAAUGCCAUUUACUGCCUUGUAACCUUGGUCUUCUUCUAUUCAUCUGCCUCAUUUUGGGCUUGGAUGGCCCUGGGCUUUAGUCUGGCAGUAUAUGGGGCCAGCUACCACUCUAUGAGCUCAAUGGCUCGGGCAGCCUUCUCUGAGGAUGGGGCCUUGAUGGAUGGUGGCAUGGACCUCAACAUGGAGCAGGGCAUGGCAGAGCACCUUAAAGAUGUGAUUCUACUGACAGCCAUUGUGCAGGUUCUCAGCUGCUUCUCCCUGUACAUCUGGUCCUUCUGGCUUCUGGCUCCUGGCCGGGCCCUUUACCUUUUGUGGGUAAAUGUGUUGGGACCCUGGUUCACAGCAGACAGUGGCUCACCAGCACCAGAGCAAAAUGAGAAACGGCAGCGCCGACAGGAGCGGCGGCAGAUGAAACGGCUAUAGCCAUUGAUGUGGCCACAGGCUGCUAGGCACUGGCUAGCUCUCUCAGGAUAUAUGCCUCUCAUGCCUGGAGCUAUGAGGGCCUAGUCCAAGGGCCAUAAGCGGCCUACAGCAUAGGAUUGUUAAAUAAAUGACUUACAAUAUGGCUAA